CAGGAAGUGACGUUUUGUACCGCCGUAAGCGGUUGGUUCAAUUUUUAAGGUUAACAUGGCGUUGUGUGUGAAGCUUCGGUAAAGUGUUGAGUGUAAUUAGUUACAACAGGGUGGUGCACUUUAAACUAUUCACACAUUGACAGUGCAGAAUGCUGUCUGUUGUUAUUUCAAGCAGGUUAGGAACCGGUCAUGGCUGAUGGAGAGCUUACUUUGAUUGAUAAAGACAUUUCAAGCAUAUUGGAGGUUCCACUGAACCCGACUGUCACAUCUUUAAACCUCCACUGUAACCGACUGUCAAAAAUUGAAGGAUUGACUACAGCAUGGCAUAUCCGACAUCUGGACCUUUCAUCAAAUCACAUUGCUCGUAUCGAGGGACUUGGCACCCUUUCUUCUUUGCGUACUUUAAAUCUGUCUUGCAACAGCAUCACCAAGGUGGAAGGUCUUAAUGGACUUGUAAACCUUACAAAGCUGAAUUUGGCUUAUAAUCAAAUAAAUGACCUUACAGGUCUCUUAUAUCUGCAUGGGACUGAAUACAAAUUGAAGAACCUCCAGCUUCAUAGCAAUCGACUGGACAGCAUGAACCAUCUGCUGCAAUGCAUGGUGGGACUGCACAAUUUGAGAGAUGUCACUCUUAGUGUGGAUGGUGCCGAUAACCCCGUCUGCCGUCUACCAGGAUACAGAGAUAUGAUGCUACAUCCCUUGCAACAAAUCUCCACUCUGGAUGGGGAAGACAGGAUGGGAAAACCCAUUUCAUCAGCUGAUGAGAGCCCAAUGGACAUCCCAGGCAUGGAGGACUUUCUGGAGUUCCUGAUUUCAACAGACAAUAGUGUCAAUGCUGAGCUGGUCCACACAGAUGCCCCUCUGCCUACUCCCCGGAUCAAUGAGGUUCUGACACAGUUUCGGCACCGCAACAGAGGUUUAAACACACCUACUGAAACACCAGUGCAGAAUGGGUCAGCCCAAGCAAACCACAAAAACGACCUUCGUAUUAAAAAGCUGGAGCAGCAGGUGUCCCAACUCUUUCAGAAGACUCCCAGGGCUGAUGGCCCCAAUGCGAGGUCUGCAUUGCAGUCUGUGGUACGGAAGGCAAAAAGGGACACAGAUUUCACAUCAGAGAGUGAAUAUGACAGUGCGAAAGAGAAUCUGCAACACUCAAGAGUCCGCCGUCCCAAAGUCAUGACAGCGAAGAAGGUGGUGCAAGGCAAACACUCUGACAGCAGUGAAACAAGCACACAAAAGCACAGGAAUGCAAAGCUUACCAUUGGCACUAGGCAGAGGGCAGCAGUCCAAACUGCACGGGGGACAGACACAGCCAAGAAAGGCCUCAAAGCAUGCCAGGCCACUCCAGACAAAACCUCCGAUCACACACAGCAGGAGACCUACAGGGUGAUUUUGGAGGAGCGGGAUCAGGAGCGGGAACGGCGCUGGAAGGCAGAGCAGGCUGUGAAGAAGCUUACAGACCAAGUGAAGGGGCUGCAAACACGUGCCACAGAGGAGAAAGAACUGCAGAAUCUGGCUUUCCACACUACUGAUAGGCUGAAGGAGCUGUUGCUGAAGGAGCGCUCGGAGCGGACGGCACUGCAGACUCGAGUUGAGGAGCUGGAGGAACGAUGUGCCAAUGCAGUACAACAGCUGGAGCAGCAGCGCAGCCAUGAGGCACAAUAUAAAGAUGCACUGCACAGGCUGCAAGAGAGUGUUUCCCAGCAAGAGGCUGACAGAGCCACACAGCAGGUGGAGGAGAUGAAGAGAAAGCAGGAGCUGGAGAACAAAUGCGCUGUUCUAAAGAGAGAGGUGGAAAUACUUCGAGUAUCUGUGCGACAGCAUAAAGAUAAAGUACAGCAAAUUCAAGAGCUGCUGACAUCCAGAGAGGAAGCACACAGGAAGGAGCUGGCGUCACGGCUCACUCCAGGUGGUGCUGAGUUUCGUGAAGCAGUGGCGAAGGAAGUGGUGGCUGUGGAGCAAAGAUCCGCUCAGAGACACAGUGAGAUGGAGCAGAAACUGGCUGACGCCAAGCGCCAGUAUGCCACCCUGGAGGAUGAGUUUCGCAUGGCUCUCACUAUCGAAGCCAAUCGCUUUUCUGAGGUGAAAGAUGGCUUUGAGCACGUGUCUGCAGAACUUGCUAAGGUGAAGACAGCUUUGACUGCAUCUCAGCAGAGAGAGAAGCAGUCAGGGUCUUUGGUGCAGGAGCUCACAGCUAUGGUGAAGGAGCAGAAAAAUCGCAUAGCUGACCUCAUCCAAUCCAAACGUGAGGCUGUAACAGAAUUAAAGGCACGAGUGCAGAGUCUGGAGGCAGGUGCAGAGGAUGACAGGCGUCUAAGUGUGCAACUGGAACUUCUCAAGAAGGACAAAUCCAAGCUGCUGUCACAGCUUACUGCACAGGAGACUGUAAUAGAGGGACUCCGAGCAGAGAGAAGGCUCUGGGGACAGGAGCUCGCCCAGCAAGGAGCAUCCCUUGCCCAGGAUCGAGGUCGAUUGGAGGCCAAAAUUGAGGUCCUUUCUACUGAGCUAGAGUCCCAAAAGAAACAGAAUCAAAGAGACCUUGACUCACUUAAGAUUAAAACGAAGAUAUUGGAUGAUCAAACUGAGACAAUCAGGAAGCUAAAAGAGGCAGUGCAGGAACGGGAUGAGCAGCUACGUGCUCUGCGCGAGGAGAACCUGCAGAUUCAAAGAAAGUUCCAGAAGGAGCUGGAGGAUGAGAUGGCCACCGCAGCAGAUCUCCGAGAUGCUGUGGAAAAACUCAGCUUCAGAAAAGAGGAGCUCAAACAACAGCUUCUUGACAAGGAAGCUGAGAUGGAUGAGCUCAAAGAUGCCUACAGUGCCUCAAGUCGCAAAUGGCUGGAGAAAGCAGAUCUGCUGACCAAACUGGAGAGUCAGGUGAAGCGUAUGAAGGAGGGAUUUGAUGCUAAAGAGAAGGCAUUACUGGAAGAAAGAGAUAAAACCGCCCGGGCACACAAGGUGGCGGUUGAGAAACUUCAUUGUGUGGAUGACGCUUUUCGUAGACAGCUGGAGUCGCUGCAGGCUUCCCACCAGGCUGAGCUGCUCCGACUGGCUACUGACAAACAGAAACAAAUAGAACAGGCCAAUCAGAAGGUGUUUCAAGUGGAAGAUGAGAUGAGACAGCUUCUGGAGGAAACCGAGAUGAACAAGAGGGAAAUAGAGGAGAAAAUGAGACGCCUCACCAAUGUUCUUAAAGACUUCUGACCAUGUCAUUUUAAAAUUACCAUCACACAAUGUACGUUAAAGCCACUGUCUGUAGGAUACCUGAAGUACACCGUUUUAGAAAUAAAGUGUACUUUUGCGUGACACAGGGGUGGCUCUGACAAGGGAAAUGCUUUUAUAUAAAUUAAAAUAAAAGUCACACAAAACUUUUAAGAUACUUUAAGCUCUUAAAAGUAAUUAAGGUACAUUACACCGAUCACAUGACAUUCCGACCACCUGCCUAAUACUGAGUACGUUUCCCCUUUUGCCACCAUAACAGUGUAGCUCGAACUACUGAACCCCAUGUGCAUCAGUAAGUCUUGUCCGCCCAUGCCACUGUCAGUUCACCGGGUUUGCUACCAUGGAUUACUUUUGGUAUAUAUACCACCGCAGCCAUCUCACAAGACCUGCACUUUUGGAGUUGCUCUGACCCAGUCCUCUAGCCAUCAAGAUUUGGCCCCUGUGGCUAAACAGCAGUUCCAGCAACUCCAAGGCUCACUGAUGCAGAUUCGGAGCGAAGAUUGACUUGUGUAGUCCGAUCCAAUAGAGAUGCUACUGUAGCUAAAAUUGCGAAAAAACGUUAAUGCUGAUUCCAAUAGAAAGGUAUCAGAACACACAGUUUUGUGUAUCCAUCACUGUUUUGCUGGCAAAUGAAGGGUAUAACUCAAUAUUCGGCCAUUAAACCAUUUUACAGGCACACUAAUAAAUGCACAUAAUGCACACUCUUGUUUGGGGUGCUAAACAAAGAGAAGUAGUCUAGUGCUGAUUUAAUUUCUAUUUACUUUUUAAAUGUCCAAAUUAUUUUAAAAACUGAUUUACCUUGUAGUAAUUGUACAUUACCUUUAUCUUUUUUUUUUUUUUUUACCAAUAAUUAUUUAUAUCUAUUUUUUGCAUAGUAAUUUAUAUUGGGUGAUGUUGAAAUUUAACUCUAAGAGUGGGUUCUUAUCAUGAGAGCCUAAAUGACUAGGUUAGGUGUAUUUUAUUUCCUCUCAGGUGCUUUUUAAGAUUUUUUUUUUUACACGGUUUACGUUACACAAUUUACUUUUCUUUUUACACAUUCAAUAAUAUAACGUAAACAUAUUUUAUAAACUUUCGAAUAAAAAUAAAUGUUUUAAAUCA